AUGGCAACCGAAAAUGGUGUCAACUGCUUUCAGGCGAUCGCAUAUUGGCUGCAACCAUGCAUUUCAGACGAUGCUGAAAGCGGUCGCCUUCUUGCAUAUUCAGAAAUAAAUGUAACAGCAGUUUCUCACCAGGCGUUUUGUAGAGAAAUCCUGGAUUCUUUUCUAAACAAAUACUUGUUCCAACAGCAAAACAUAAAUUGGCAUGACGGGAACGUGGUUAGUGGACCAUCAAUUGUCGUUUGCCCAAAACUCUCAAGACUUACAGACGAUAUUAAAGCUACUCUAGGUGCUCUCGAUAUUAAAGGAAAACCAAAAAUAAUGCUUGUUGUUAUCCAUUCUUGUGAAGAUGGUGUUGUACCAGAAAACUUGUUGACAAAUCGACCGGAUGACAGAAUCUCAGAUUUCACUAACAUUCUUUACAGUGAAUCCAAGAAUUCCUGUUAUGAUAGCUUUACUAACAGUGUUGCUGCUCAUGACAUUCGAAGAUUUAUAAAAUACCAUUUUAAUUGAAAUUUAAAAUGGUUCUAGCUUAAA